CCUCUGCAAAAAAAGGAAAUACAAUCAGGCUGGAAGUUGUAGUAACAUGAUCUUUGUACUCUGUCUUAUUCUUUAGUGGUCCACCUAUCUGUGAAACAUGCUCAUAUUUUCUGUAUUCAAAACGCUGACAGAUCAGCGUGUAACCGUCGAACUCAAAAACGAUCUCUCAAUAACAGGCGUCCUCAAGUCAGUUGACCAGUUCCUGAACAUCCGCCUGGAUUCCAUUAAAGUCCUCGACGAAGCGAGACAUCCACAUAUGAUGGCGGUCAAGAACUGUUUCAUCCGGGGAUCUGUCGUAAGAUACGUGCAGCUACCGGCCGAACACGUCGACACACAGCUCUUGGAAGAUGCAACACGGAGAGAGGCCGCGAAUCAGUCAAAGCGGUGAUCCACUGCUGUACAGUAGAGCAGAAAAGAAAGAUAAUUAAAAGUAGUGCA